ACUUUUUUAACAAAUCCGAUGGUCGAUUUGUGUGGAUUUUCAUUGCAUUUCGUAAAUCGUGGCUUAUCAUAAGAAAGCACGGAUUCUUAAAUUUAUGAUGACGUAGUUAACAAGAAAGUCCAGACUUGUGGAUUGAGGAGGUGCUCAGGAGGAUUUUUGUGUCGUCUUUGUGGUACAAAGUCGCACAAAAUGUGGCAGCUUUGACUUCAUGGCGGUUCGUUUGCCAGUUUUAAACGGUGAAGCUGUGUUUAUAGUGUAGAUAAAUGUUUGACAUGGUUAUAUUUCUGAGUUUUUGAAUUGGAGUUGCUGUUACUACGAGACGAACAGUUGAGUUGAGGCUUGAGUCUAAGCAGCAGCAGCACAGAGGAGAGGACGAGUCCAGACACACGACCUCGUUUCUCUUAUAAGAAUAUGUUUAAAUUGCUUGAAAAUUGGUCUCCAAAAUCUUCGGACUCAUGGUGAAGAGAAAGAAGAUAUAUCCCGGCGCUGAAGAGCUGGAAAAUGGGAUGACAGUGGGCCAGCAGGCCGGCUCGGGAGUCGAGGGCUCGAACAAAACCAUCAGAAAGCUCGCAGGCUGUGAAGAAGAGGAGAGCGCGGAGAGGACACCAAGCGAGCAGCCGAGCACAAAGAGGGACGGCGAGGAAGUGCCGAGUCCGGGCGCCGCGCUCGCCUCAGAUUCAUCCCCGAACCCGUCCGGAACACAGCCGAAUCCCGCGGGCCUUGGAUCCCCUCCGGCAGCUCACGACCAGCAUCAUUUCCUCCGCUCCAGCGUGAGACCUCCGAGCAAACGGAUCCGCAAAGACGGGCCCGCGGUGAACGGACACAACGGCACGAAAACCAAAGGGGGUGAUACGGUUCCUGCUGUUUCUGCAUCAGGCCAUGCGGGCUCAGGAGGUGGCGUUGCAAAUGGAGGGAGCUCUCGCUCUGCCCCUAGGAGCCAGGGCCCGGUGGAGAAAGAUGAAGGAGGAAAUCAAAAACGUGCACGUAGACAAUGGGAGUCCUGGAGCACUGAGGACAAGAACUCAUUUUUUGAAGGACUUUAUGAGCAUGGGAAGGACUUUGAGGCCAUACAGAACAACAUUGCUCUGAAGUAUAAGAAAAAAGGCAAACCUGCAAGUAUGGUGAAGAACAAGGAGCAAGUUCGCCACUUCUACUACAGAACCUGGCACAAGAUCUCCAAGCACAUUGAUUUCAAUAACGCGUAUUCCCGCGUGCUGAAGAAAUCCUCCCAGGAGCUCUAUGGGCUCAUAUGUUAUGCAGAGCUCAGGAAGAAGGUUGGAGGCUUGAUGGAUGACAAGAACGUUUCCAGAUUGAAUGAACUCAUCAUGCAGGGGGCCACCACGGUUCGCUCUAAAGGCAGGAACCUGAGGAUCAAAGCCCCCAUGUGUCGUGCUCUGAAGAAACUGUGCGACCCAGAUGGAGUGAGUGAUGAGGAGGACCAGAAGCCAGUUCGGUUGCCACUGAAGGUUGCCGUGGAGCUGCAGCCACGUAGUAACCACUCAUGGACUCGGGUUCAGAGUCUGGCCCAUAAUCCUCGUCUCCGGAUGGUUGUGGAGCUGCACAGGAAAGUGUCUAGUCUUAUAGAGUUCCUGAAGCAAAAAUGGGCAGUCCAGGAUCAGCGAAUUCUUAAGAGUCUAGCAGCCCGGGAGGCUCUAGAAGGUGUAGCUCUGCCUGGUGAGUCGGAAGAUUUGUUCCUGUAUCCAGCAGAAAGCAGCACAAUUACGGUUUUACCUGGAGUAGCACGUGUCGUUCACUCCAAGGCCUCCUGCACUGUCCACUGGCAGGAGACUGGCCGUGGUCGACCAGGUGUAAGAGACCUGCCAACUGCACAGAUCCUUGGGAUACAGCCUGUUCGAGGGACUGGAAAACCAGGCAAGGGUGCCUCUGGAGGUGGAGACAUAAAAAGAGCCGAAGGACAAGUACCUGAGAGUUCAGAAAGCAGUAACUGCACUUCUGGGGCAGAGAGCACUUUAAACACAGCUCACAACACUAACACUCCUUCUGUCACCCCAACUUCUACGAUUCUGCCACCUUUUCCAGGACAGGAAGGUAGUGGGACUGGGACAGCUGAUUCUUUAGGCACAUUGCAGUUCCAGCCGUGUUCUAGUGGCACGAAUAAAGACACCGCCAGUCCAGGAGAACCCAUCAUGACAGACAUCAUCAUUGAGAAUCCUUCAGUAGGUGGGGUUGCAACAGAUGGAGCUGUUGUUCCUCCACCUCCUUCAGAGACUCCAGGUCGUCUGGAGGAUGCAGCUGGGAGUGGUCGCUCUCCACAGCAGAUCCGUGAGGAGGGCUGGAGCUCACAAGGCUCAGAAAAUGUCACUCUAGCUGAAAUCUACCUCAUGAUGGGCAAGCCCGGAAGGCUGCAGCUAGAGUAUGAGUGGCAGCCCAAGUCCCGCCCUUCAGCCUUGCCCACCACCCACAGUGUGCUUCGGUGCCUUCUGAGACUUGUCUCCUCUGAGGUCAACCCCAAACCCGCUUCAGACACAUGUUCUGUAGGGACAUCUCCCAUCAAGCUGGGUCAGGAGGAACAGUCUGUGACCCCUCCGGGGAAAACUCAGAUUGUGGGAACUCGCAGCCCCAACUGUGGGCGGCAGCAACACGUAGCACGCGCCAAAACACUGCCUACUACCGCUGGCACAGGUGGCCGGAAUCUACCACGUUCUCUGUUGGUUUCUGGCACUGAUGGUGAUGGGGGUGUGUUUGCGGUUCCAACGACACUGCCACCUAACAGCUCCCGCCACUUACGGAUGUUUUCUCCUAAUAAGGACGCAGAGUUGGCUUUCCGUCAGCAGCUGGACUCGAUCAGUUCAGAUAUUUUCCUCCACAAGGUGAGGAAGACCGGAAGGGGCCGACCACUGAGGAAGCCACUUGUUGUGCAGAGAACUUUGUUGCCUCGAACAACAGGAGAUUCCUCCCAACACGUGUGCUCUUUCUCAAUUCUCUCCAGCUCUUCAGCGACCGGCACUGGUUCUUUUCGUCCCAUCCAAAGUCGUCUCUCGGCAUCCCGACCCCUUGCACUCAAAGCCACAUCCACUACAAUAAAUACAGCUUCGUCUAAUCAACUGUCCAGUGCAAUUGACCUGGCAGCGAAGUCUGCAGGCAUUAUACCAGGAAGCCCGUGUCAAGAAGUGGAGGACCCAGCUCUAGAGUCGAGUCUUUUGCCACCUGAGGCUGCCACGCCACCGGCGCUGCCUGAGCCCGAACCUGAGCCCGAGCCCAAUUCUGAGAUGCUGCAGCAAGACACAGAGGGCUCUUUGCAGAACGGGGUUCCUCCACCAUCUCCAGGAGGUGACGAUUCCCUCUUGGCACCUCCUAGUGUUGCUUCGCUGUUGGACAUUUCGCUUCCUGGCCCUCCAGACGAAUCCCUUCCUUCUGGAGAACCUCACUCUCAUAUCAGUGACUCCAUUAUCGAGCUUGCCAUCAGUUCUUCACACUAUGGUGAAGGAGCUGCUCUUUCUCCUAGUAAGGUCAAUGGGAAUGACCGGUCUAAGCUUGUCCCCUCCCUCCCUGACAGUCCCUGCCAUAGCUGGAUGCCAUCUCCUAUGCAUGAUCCCCAGUGGUACCCCAACGACUCCAGCGAUUCCAGUCUGGGCUGCCUGCUCUCAAGCCUGGUGUCCCCAGAUAAAACCCGGAGGACUAUCCUCCCCCCUGCAGGGCCCUCCAGUGGUACAGCCUUACUUGGCCCCAGCCUGCUAGACAGUAACUCCCAUGAUUCUUUUCAAGCCCGUGGCCUGCCUGACGUUGUUGAGGUGGAUAAUCAACUGGCCUGCAUGAUGAGUGAGAACAGCGUCGACUACAUCGCCCGCUUCAAUGACCUCGCCCAAGAGUUGUCUGUGGCUGAGACGAGCCUACCUCCUCCAUGAGUCUGUGGUGAGAGGUCAGCCAGGAGGAGGAGCUUCUUGCACCACUACGGCACUAAGGGGAGUUCUGGUUUAUCAUUGAGAAGGAGAGAAUGUUUAUGCGAUUCAUCUUGUUGGAUGUGCAAUAAAGACACUCGAUCCUCGUGUGUAUGGGUGGCGGUGCCUGCCCGUCAUUUUGUGGUGUGCGUUCCCCGAGCCACACUUGGGCCACUUUUUAAACAAACCUGUUUACAAAGCAACCUCAUGUAUAGAAAUUCGCCAUAUCAGAACAAAGAUUGCCUCCUGUAGUCCUGUUUAUUUCCUUUUGUUGGUCCUACUCUGUUCUCUGUAUGCGAGUAUGAGCCUAGGCUGCAGCUCAGCUGUUUGGUUUUAGCGACUUUGUUUCCCAAUUUAUUCUGUAGAUCUGUCUUUUAUCAUCCUCCUACAAAAGCCAUAAGCGUGUGUACGUACUACACAACAUCCACGUUUUCAUAAUCUUCAAACGUUUUCAAAUUAUUAAAACUUUGCUAGAAAGUUUUUUUUUUACUAGACCUAAUUGGAGAAUAUCCCAACACUAACAAAAAGCUAGGCAAAAACAAACUUGGUUGUAUUUAAGUAGAAAAUGUAUGCGAAUCUAUUAAUUCAAGAUUCCCUAAAUUAAGUAAUAAAAGUAACAUUGCCCUAGGGUUUGAUGUUUGACAUUCAACACUACGUUUUAUUGUAUGUGUUUUUAUUGAAGCCAGCAAUUAGAAUGUUGUGAGCUUUCUAUCUGUGAUGGAAUGAAUAUUUUUAAUGUAAAUAGAUGAUGACAGAUUCAAGCGCUGACCGUGCUUUUAUAUAACAUACUGUAAAUUAUUUGGAUUAUUUAUUAAUUCACAUGUUGCAACUGUGUUGACUUUUUUUUUAAGAAGGCAUUGAAGAGUUUAUUUCAGUUUUAAAGAUUUCCGUGUUUGUACAAAAAGGGGUUUUAUGCCACCGUGUAAAUAUAAAUUUCCCACAACGCUG